AUGCCUUCUUCAGUCCCCCUCGCAGCGAUUCGCAUCCUUCGACCCCUUCAAGGCCACCGCCCUCUCUCAAGCAACAACUUGGCUGCCCUCUCAAACAUUCAGCAGGCAGAAGAAGAGCAUGACCGCGCUCUACAGAGCGGCCCAACAGAUCCAAUCACGCUCAGCAACGAGUGCGACAGGACAAAAUCUGUAGAAGAUUUGCGGGAUCAGCUCCUCAAGGCUGAUUUCACAGACAUUGAAAUUGUCCACGUCUCGCUGAGGACCAUUGUUGAAGUCUCGGAUGCGCUGGCCAAGGAGAUGAAGACCUAUAAUGACCGUGGUCAGGAGUUGGUUGUCUUUCAGCUCUGCGAUGGCACAGAACUGGAUGGCUAUCCUGGCGUCUCGAUGAUUCAUGAACUGGAAAAGCGCAAGAUCCCAUUUACCGGCUCAGACUCUGCCUUCUACAUCAUCUCCAGCUCAAAGCCGAUCCUCAAGCGGGAACUCCAAAAGGCCAAUGUGCCGACCUCCUCCUUCGAAGAGUUUAUCGACCCACCCAAGAUGACCGACCUCGACAACAUCAUCAGGGAGAUCGGCUUCCCUAUGAUUGUCAAGCCUUCGAUUUCCUAUGCGUCCAUCAACAUCUCGAUGAAGUCUGUUGUCCACACACCAGACGAGUUGCUGGAGCAGGUCAACUUGUCCCUCAGUGCCAGCAAGUCUGGGGCCAAGCUUACAGGCCAGGUCCUGACGGAGCGCACAGAUGAACAGAAUAAGCAGGAUCAGCGGAUGGCGAAGUUGCUCAAGAAGGAGCAAAAGAUGGAGAUUGACAUCGAAACGCCUACUGUCUUUGUUGAGAGGUACCUGGCUGGACGCGAGUUCACUGCUUUGGUUGUCGGUGAUAAGGACUGGGGUGUUCGUGUCUACCCUGUUGCCGAGCGCGCCUUUGACCCAAAGCUCGGCAAGUUUGAGCGCCUUCUCUCCUUUGACCAAUACUGGGAUGGAUAUAAUUUGGAGGGAGGAUCGGGCAAUGAGGAGUUUUGCAAGUACCAGAUGGCCAAUGGAGCGUGGCAGGAUCACCUUCAGCAGGUUGCUAAGGAUGCCUAUCUUGCCCUCGAUGGAAACGGUUACGGACGCGUUGAUAUUCGUACGGUCGAGAUGGAUACAUGCGAGCCAGUCGUGCUUGAGGUCAAUGCCAACUGUGGCCUUUCAUUCGAGAAAGACUCAUCGUCGUUGGCAAACAUCCUCUUGAUGACGAACGUGUCCCCCCCUGGGUUUGUUCGGGACCUGAUCGACAAUGCAAUCCACCGCAACUAUCGGCUGAACCACCUUGCAUCACACAAGCUGUUCACCCCUCACCGUGCCGGUGUCACUGCUGUCCAUGCCAGCACUGCCCGACAUGUUCACGAGGUCCUUGUCCAGAGCUAG